AAAGCGAAUUCUUUACACAAAUAAUUUCCACCGCUCUAUCGGUGACGUUUUAACGGAAGCUUCUUCAUCGACAAAGCUAAAAAAACUUCAAAUAAAUGCACUAACCACGGGCAUAUAUAUACAUCUAAGUUAGUAAAUCAUGGACAGGAAGAUCUCGUAUUUCCUGGCUGCCCUUGAUCCGCCUUAAAAGAAAAUGUCAAGACUCAAGUGGUCAAACAAUAGCCGGGAAGACAAAGUACGAAGCUAAUGAUAUUUGGGAAUAUGAUUUCAUCAUUUUCCAGAAACGGCGACCACUGAACAUUUAAGAUACAGCGAUCUCUUUUUGUAAGAACAGUUGAAUAUGUGGAUUAAACAUGAAAAAAGGUUCCGUUCCUGCAAUUAUAUUCGUAUUGUGAUUGUUAUGAUGGUCUUGGUUAAAGCUUGUGACGCAUGCAGCCGCCGCAGAAACCCAUCUCCACAAAGACCUCCCCCAACUCAGCCUCCAAAAACGAAGAAAACUACAUCUGGUGUUGGAACCAUGACUGUUCAAAUUACUCCGUCAAAAAGUAGUACAUUUUCCGCAGCGAUUCCGUCAGCGAACACAUCCAAUACCAGUCAAGUAGAAAAUUACACUAUUUGUUAUACAACGAGUGUUCAAAAUCUCACAGAAAUGAAGAUUGCAUUAAAAAUUGAAGUUUUAAAAGAUAGUGGAAACCUCAGUGUUAUAUUUAACAAUGUUGAAAAAGAAAAACGGAAUGUGUUCUUAAAAUGGUUGCAGUCAAAUACAACCACGUGUUCAAAUGUCCAGGGCUAUUUUAUUUCGAUAGAACGUGACCAGUUCCUUUAUAGCUAUAACAUAACACUGUUGAAUCAAACAUCAGCCACGGAACAUUGCGAACAAGCUCGAAACUGCAGUGAUUUGGGAGGACUUACUACGAUGACUUCUAAACCAACUUCUAAACCAACAGAACAAUUAAAUACUACCGUACCAAGCUUUCAUCAGACAGAAGGAAACAAUCCGACGAACACUAAAGAAAUGACUGAUUCUCACACCAAUGAACCUGCUGCAGGUAGAAGUGAGGACAGUGAAGUUUCUACUACUACUGUUGUCGGUAUAUCUGUUGCAGUUGUGGUUUUGCUGGUUAUUGUUGUAGUCAUCAUUGCAUUGUGGUAUAAACGAAAAUGCGUCAGAAAAGGUUAUGGAGAAGACAAGAUGCGAGGUUCUGUUGACCAUUUGGCUGGGCCAAUCAAUGGUGACGUUUAUACCGUAGUGAACCCAAACGCUGAGAAAACGGGAAAAGGAAAGAGUGAAAGUAAUGACAUGGUUUAUAUUGAGCUUUCACAUCAAAAGUCAGGAAAAAGUGCCGACAAGGUCUGUAAGGUACCAAGUUCACAACAAGAAAACUACGCCGAUAUUUCCCACAUUCUUACGCCUGGUGAAAGCACCUAUGAAAAUGCGACUCCCAAGUGCGAUCAAGAUUAUGCAAACGUCGUUGCACUCCAGUGAUAAUUAUGUAAGGGUUGAUAGAACAUAAUUUUAUAAUUUUAUAUAAAUGACGGCAAAGUUGUAAAAAAUCUUUCCCGGUAAGAUUCCAAGUUAAUUGAAGACCUUUCUCAAAAUUAUCCAUUGCAUGGCACUGCUCUUUAUAUCAGUAUCGCAAUGAAGCUGAAAACUCUCGGUAACUCAGCAUAUCCAAAUUAUUUGUUUUCUGGCUGUUGCUGUUAUGAUCCAUAUUAUAUAGCGCGCAGACUCACUCACUCACAGCAAGGCAAUUUUCUUUUUCGUAAAACAACUUUCGGACGACCAACUCAUGCAGCUCAUUUCAAUUACAAUAUAUAUGUACCAUUUUCAACCGCCAUUUUGGCUUGGAAACGCACGGAUAUGUGCGUUAGAUUGGAAAUUAAUGUCAAUUUGGAGGGUAUACUCGAUAGAUAGAUGGAUAGAGAUGGUCUAAUCACAAAAUUUUGCAGAAUCACUAAAAAGUAAUUAGAUACAUAAAUAUAUAGUCAAUAGAACUAAUCUAUAUAAUAAUUUUAAAUGUCUACAUGCUAUAAUAAUUUAAAAUGUCUACAUGUCUACAUCCGCACACGUGAGAAACUUGCCUCUUGAGGCAAAUUCCUCACGAAAACUAUCCGCACACGAAAGAAACUUACCGCUGAGCUAACAGCCUAGCUCGUGAGGUAUUUAGCUCGGCUAAAUACCUCAGAGGUAUUUAGCUUGGCUUCCAUAUGACGCCAACCUGCUGCCAAUUCAUUGUAAUCUGGGGAGAAUAUAUUGGAAACGCAAAAGAUUUUAUUCAUCGAUGAUCAUGACCACCAGUGAAACUUCAUGAGUUGGCGCCAUAUGGAAACUAGCCUGCAGCUAAUGGAAUAAACAUCAAGCUCACUUAAAUCAGAAGGUGUCCAUUUCAUGAAUUCGACUGGCUUGGAGAACUACGGGCAAACCAGUGGGUGGUUGUUUCAAAAGUGCAUAGAUAACGCUAUAUUUCCUUUGGAUAGUGAUCUUUUAGAAUCUUCGAGAAUUUUUUUAUGUUACACAAUUAAGUAAGGAUCGGAAUUUAAUUAAAGAUUUGUGGCUUUGAUAUUUUUUUGGUUUGCAAAAACAAGCCGUUCAUUGCACCUUUACGACGGUUGAACAUCCCUUUUUUCGAACAACUGGCCACUGAAUGCCACAGGUAAACGACUGGACAGAAUUAAAAUAACGACGGGCUCAUACGCGAUGUGGGUGGACAUGCAUAAACGUAAAAUCUUUCGACGUGAGUGAUUCAGCUGUUUAUUCCUUUAAGUUUCAUUAAACUC